CGACGAUCAGAGAGACUUUGAGCGACUCCCCCAUACUGAAGACCCGGAGAAAGAGCGACAAUGUCAGCUGAUGGGCGGAGCCGUACUCGACGUCGAAGACCCUGACUUCACGAAAGGCGCGGGAGCGCUCGGGAAGGCCGAGGACACUACGCCGCUUUGUAGUUCAUCACAGGAAUUGUUUGAUGUCUCAGAUCCCUGGCUUGCGAUACUCUCUGUGGAAGGUCCUGGGUAGACAUACGGCUUUGACGGAUGAAUGUGGCCUUUCAAUCCAAGACAUCGGUCCCGAGGUUUGAGUUCACAUUGCGUAUCCGUGGUAAAUGGCACACAUUGGCGACCACCAACGCGUUGAUGAGCACAUGCCAAUGACGGAUGGCACUUCUCCGGACAUCGACAGCAUACAGCACUUUAUCGGUGAGUUGUAUCAAGCUUCCGUUAUAGCUGGUCAUGCUCCUUGCGCCGCUCUGCACUACGAUCCACCGCAGGACCAAGAAAGCAGUGAAGUCGCCUCGCUGUGAGGCGUACCGUGAUCGGGGAAGAAAGGCAGAGGGAGCACGGCUGGUGUGGCUGGCGAAGAGUCUUAUAAUGGUCAAUGGAGGACGGAUGACGUUGAGGAAACAAAUGAGGGCAGUUCGUAGUGUGCAAGUGAACCCCAACACAUGUACGUGUAUAAGGAGGCCUCAUUCGGCUUGCAGCAUUGGAGAUAGAAAUAAUGAUAGAAAACAACAUACGCACAUAUUCUUCCAGCCCAGAUACACUUUAUGGUACUGGC